AUGAUUUCUGUCAAAGAUAUGGCUAAGACUGCAGUCGUUGUAUAUGCAAUUUGUUUCUUUGCAAAAUCUGAUGGAAAACCAGCGACGAAGAGGUCAGUGAGUGAGAUGCAACUGAUGCACAAUCUUGGGGAGCACCUGCACACUGUGGAGAGACAGGAUUGGCUUCAGCUGAAACUGCAGGAUGUGCACAGUGCCCCCGAGGCACUGGUGGAUGCUAGAACCCAGAGGCCCCGAAAGAAGGAUGAUAUUGUUCUGGGAGAGAUCAGAAGUCGUAGGCUGCUCCCUGAGCAUUUGCAGGCAGCAAUGCAGAAGAAACCUAUUGUUCUGGACAAAGCUUACAUGGACAACAUCCUCUUCAAAACAAAGUCCCAGUGAAAGAGGCAUAGCAUUGUAUCUGUCCAAGUAAGCACAUGUCUGUAAGUCACCGAGCAACUAGGGCAUUUUAUUAUUAUUUAUUAUUUGUAUUACAUUAGUUUCUAGAGGCCCCAACCAAGACUGAAGCUCCAUUC